CCUACCAUACAUCUCUCUCUCUCAUCUUCCCUCCCUUUUUAGGGUUCUUCACGCCCUUCUUUCUCGUUUCAAAUUUCAUAAUCUGUAGACUACUAUAUACGCUCCACUUUCAGUUUGAUUUUAGGUUGUAGAGCUCAGAGUUGAUAAUCGGUUUCUGUUUCGUGUCUCGAGUUUAGGGAUUACCUUUUGUCAUUUCAUUUGGGAGUAUUCAGAUUCGUGAUUCCUGAUUCGUCAUUCGUUAUUCGUGAAUGAAGCUUUUGAAUUGAGAGGGAUUUUGCUUGUAGCUUUUUGCAGAUUGUAGGCGGGAAUUAGGGUUUAACGCGAAGGUAGUUCAGUUCCAAAAUCUACAAGUGAAAGUAACUCAUUUGAAUUCUAACCUCAAGAGUUAAAAAAAACAACAAUGGAGGGCCAAACUUACAAUGAAGAGAUCGAUUGUGGAAGUUUCUUUGAUCAAAUUGACGAUUUCAUCGAAUUCCCUCCAGUCAACGACACCACACUCAAUAAUUCAAUAGAUUGCAAUGAUUUCGCCGACAUUUGGACUAACAACUCCGACGAACUCCAAGUCUCCGAUCCCAUCUUCUCCGAUAGUAAUCCCGCCUCCGCCCUUUCAGCAGAACUUUCCGUUCCGUAUGAAGAUAUCAUCCAGCUUGAAUGGCUUUCAAACUUUGUGGAAGACUCGUUUUCCGGUGGGGGAAUGACAAUGAACAAAGAGAAUAUUCCGGCGAAGACAAUGAACAAAGAGAAUAUUCCGGCGAAAACAGAGCCAGUGGUGGUGGCAAACUACCACUUCCAGAUGUCAAGUCCGGUCUCCGUUCUCGAAAGCAGUAGCAGCUCCUCCAGCUCCUCCUCUUGCUCCGGGAGUGGCACUGGCGGGAUGAUGAUCCCGCUCAGCCCAACUCACCGGGGCCCGCAGCGGGCCCGAAGCAAACGGUCUCGACCCGCCACCUUCAACCCUCGUGCCGCCAUCGAACUCCUUUCCCCUCCAAACCUGAUUCCGAUUCCGAUUCCGAUUCCAGGUUCGAUGGAAUCGGCGAUUCCGGUUGAGAAGAAGAGAAAGAAGAAGCCGAAGAAGAAACCCGAGGCAGCUCAAUUCAAUCCGGAAGACAACAACGAGAACGGAAUCGAGAACCAAAAGAUGGGGACGGGGCAAGGAGUUAGGAAGUGUAUGCAUUGUGAAAUUACGAAAACGCCCCAGUGGCGGGCGGGGCCGAUGGGUCCGAAAACCUUGUGUAAUGCUUGUGGGGUCCGUUACAAAUCCGGGCGGCUGUUCCCGGAGUACCGCCCGGCUGCAAGUCCGACAUUUGUCCCUUCCGUGCACUCAAAUUCACAUAAGAAGGUUGUGGAGAUGAGAACUAAGUGUAUGCCGAUUGAGGUAUUGGGAUCAGUUCAGGUCCCAGUUGGACCUGAACUGAUCCCCAACCCGAACCCACUACCAGAAUACAUCUGAUGUGGGUUGGGUAUAAGGUAUUUGGAUAUCUGGUGUCUAAUAUCUGGUAUAAUUAGUAGUAUGUUGAAUUGGUUGAUUGUACAGGAGGGUAAUGAAGGGGGGAGGAAGAGGAGGAGCAUAUAUAUAUAUUAUAGAUAUUUUAGUUGGUUAGAGAGAGAUUAAGGAAUAUGUUUGAAGGUUUAGAGAGAUUAGUGUUCAUCAGAAGUUAGGUUUGUAAGGUUAAGAAGAAUAGAUGAGUUGUUUUUAUUUGUUUGUUUGUUUGCUUGUGUUUUUCAAGGUUUUUAUGGGAAUUCUUUUUGUAGUUUAUAUAUAAUCAUAAUAUCAUAUAUAUAUUUUAAAGGGGUA